AUGGAAUCAGUCCCAAAAGGUAAAAUGAGAUUCUAUCUAUUAUUAUAUUAUAUAUUAAUAUUAUUAUCUUUAGAAAAUGCACUUUUUCACCUCAUAUGCACAAUCAUUCAGAAUUGCUUAUUUGUAUAUUGAACAACACUCGCAGGAAAACAAGAUUGUGCAUGCCAAUUCAUUUUUUAAUCUGUCAAUAAAAUCUCAAACCAUUCAAUUGCAGCAUGGGGUGAAGUGAAAAGAUUGAAAGGUAGGACACAAACACGUAUCAAACACAAUAUCACUACACAACAGUUAUAUAUGCACUGAGUAUACAAAACAUUGAGAACGCCUGCUCUUUCCAUGACAUAGACUGACCAGGUGAAUCCAGGUGAAAGCUAUGAUCCCUUAUUGAUGUCACUUGUUAAAUACACUUCAAUCAGGGUGGAUGAAAGGGAGGAGACAGUUAAAUAAGUAUUUUUAAGCCUUUAGACAAUUGAUACAUGGAUUGUGUAUGUGUGCCAUUCAGAGGGUGAAUGGGCAAGACACAAGAUUUAUGUGCCUUUGAACGGGGUAUGGUAGUAGGUGCACCGGUUUGUGUCAAGAACGGCAACGUUUCUGGGGGUGUGUAACUCAAUAUUAGAAAGGUGUUCCUAAUGUUUGGUAAGCUCAAUGUAGCAUAACAUGAGCAAUACAUAGAAUUUAAGGACAACAAUUAAAUCCUCUUAUUUUCUCUUAGUGGACAUCACUCUGGAGCCAAAACCUUCUGACCCGGAUCUGGUUGUGUCUCCAGAUAGGAAGAAGAUCCGUUGUAAGAAAUCAAAAGUAGCUGAUGUGUCCACAGCUCCUUAUGUCAUUAGUGAGGACAAAUUCAACUGUGGACAGAUAUACUGGGAAGUGAAGGUGAGGGAUGAUAAUAUUUUGAAGAAAGAGAAACAGUCAUGGUAUGUUGGUGUAGCCACAUACGAAGCCACUCAGUCAAGGGCUGUUGUCCCCUUAACCCCUGAGAACGGUUUCUGGGUUUUUACAUAUGAAAAAGGAAAAGGUUAUUAUGUCCCUGAUGACCCUCAAAUGCCAGUAUCUGGAAAUGGAAGUCCUUUCAUAUUUUUUCACCUACCAGAAUCUGGAGAAAAAAUUCUUACAACACUGGGAGUGUUCUUAGAUUGUGACAGACAGAUGCUUUCCUUUUAUAAUGCUGAAUCAAAGGCACAUCUGUACAGUUUCUUUAACGUUGUGUCAUCUAAAGGAUUCUUCGCUGUAUUCAGCCCUGGGUUACGUGACACCUCUCCCUUAACAAUUAAAUGA